AAGAAGAAGAUUUCAACUCCUACUUAUUAUUUCAAUUCCUUUCAUCACCCAAUUCUUCUUCUUCUUCAUUAGAAUUCCACAACGACUCAAUCGAGAAGACGAAAGAGAAAGGUGGAGAUUUAGGGUUUCAUAAAAUCAAUCCAGAGAUUGGAAAAAUUGAAGUUAGGUUUUUUUUUUUCUGUAUUGAUUGAUUGAUUUCUGGAAAAAAAAUCGAUCAAAUCAAAUGGCUUCUUCUUAUAUAGGAAUCAGAUGUGGUGGUUCUAUUCUGAAAUCAUCUAUUGAAUCUUCAUCUUCAUGUUGUACUUGCCUUCAUUUCCAGAAUCAUCAUCUCAAAUUGAAUCAGCAGCAGCAGCAGAAGCAGAAGAGAAUCAUAUGCUCGAUUUCGAAUCUUGAUUACAACAAUACAAGAGCAGUAUUGAGUAAUUGUUCUGCAUCUACAACAACAACAGCUUACUCAGAUACUGUUUUCGGAACAGAAAUGAAGAAGAAUCAACAGAUACAGGAUAAUGCAGUUUCAGCAGCUGUCAGAGAAAUCAAGGUUGGAGUGUAUGGAGAUGAAGAGGAGGAGAAGGUACCUUCUGCUCCAAUUUCUGCAGACAAGCUUGAUGAAUGGAUGACAUUUUCAGUUCCCGAGAUUGUGAAGAACAUAGGCGAAGCGCCGCUACUGGUGCACAUUUACUCAUCUAUAAGUAAAGGAGUUGGGGGAAUCUCAUCAAUUGGAUCUUCUUCUUCUACAGCUAAUGCCACUGCUGCUGCCGAACCAGUGCUUGAAAAAACGAAGGCUGACGCAGAGAGUUGGAGUGGUGUUACAAAGAGAUGGGAGGAAGGGAGCCCUGUACCUGACGGAAUCAUACUGGUUGAACAGCUAAAGAUGGAGGAGAAUGACGGUGGCAAGGAGGAUGAAAGUGAUGAGGUAAUUGGGUCCUCGGAUAUGAGUGGCGGUAGCAGCACAAAGACAUGGGGGGUGGUUAUCCAAGGUAGAGGAGUUGAAUCUGCAUCAUCUUGUUAUAUUCUGAAAACAUGUAGAGUUGGGUCAUCACUUGGGUUCUGCACUCACUUCUGCUUGGCUAGAGCUAAGUGUUUUGGCGAAAGCGCAGAUUUACAGCUCAAGUACUCAUGGUUACUUGGUCACUGAAUGGCGCAAUUAGAACAAGGCCGUGAUGCGCGGAGUUGGGAGAAUGGGGAAAUGUACAUAGAUAUGAACAACUUUAGAGAUGAGUAGUUGAUAUUGAUUAUUACCCUCAAAUUGGGUUUGUAAUUGUCUGGAUGAUUUCAUACAUUUUUUACAGCAAUACAAGAUUGAUGUAACAAAUGCUUGAUUGAAUUGAAUAUAAAUAAAGUAGAACUUCUUAUCUCA